GAAAUUGCCUCCUAAUUUCCUACAGAGAGCACACGGAUUUCUUUCGUUCCACGUCCCCUGACCCCCUCAGUUCAGUGAUCACCAUUCUUUUUCUCACAAACGAAUCAGAAACCAAUCCUUUUGAGUUUCAUCCGAGUCAAAAAGCCUGAAAUAAGUGUGGAGGAAUACAAUCACAUAUAAUAGUAAUAGAUCUCAGCCUAAAAAGCAAUACCAUGCCUACGACUAGAAAAAGGGAUAAAAAUAUGGGAUAAGAGGAUAAAUAAGGAAUCCUUCAUAUGGUAAGUUUCAAAGUAAAAGUGUUAUGGUGUGAUCUUGUCUGCCUUCCUUCGAAAAAGCCAAUAUUGUGGGUGUAACUGUUAUGAAAAGAUAAAAGAUUCGUGAGAUCUUUCUUUCUUGUGACUUUUUUCUUCAACUAGGCACAACCUCCUUUAUGGCUUCUCUCUGCCAAACAAAGAAAGAGAAAGGCCUCAACUAAAAAUUGAACAAUUCUAAAGCUAUUUAUAACCCUUUGUGUAGACAGCCAAGUCCCCAUUCGGAUUCUCACAACCAAAAAGAUUGGUUGCCUCGGCCUUCAGCCUCUUAUAAGAUCAAACCCUUUUCCACUUUUGGAUUCAAUAAUCUUUUCUAUCAGGAAACAAGAGUCCACAUGAGCUAUCUACAUGCAUGCCUCAUCGGGAAGAGGAACAUGCUUAUAAUAAGAAGUUUCACCACCUUACUACUCACGUGCAUAGCCUUCAGGUUAGCUUGCUGCUUCUCUAGCAGCAUUUCUCCGUUGAAGGCGCUUCCCCUAGUAGGCCACUUGGAGUUCGAAGAUAUCCAUCACGCCUCCAAAGAUUUUGGAAAUCGAUACCAAUUGCUUCCUUUGGCGGUCUUACAUCCCAAAUCUGUCAGCGACAUCGCCUCAGCGAUACGAUACAUCUGGAUGAUGGGACAUCAUUCACAGCUUACAGUGGCAGCGAGAGGUCGUGGACAUUCACUCCAAGGCCAAGCACAAACAAGACAUGGAAUUGUUAUCCACAUGGAAUCACUCCAGCCCCAGAAGCUGCAGGUCCACAGUGUGGGUGCUCCUACUCCAUAUGUUGAUGUGUCUGGUGGUGAGCUUUGGAUAAACAUUUUGCAUGAGACCCUCAAGUCCGGGCUUGCACCAAAAUCAUGGACGGAUUACCUACAUUUAACUGUAGGUGGUACUCUGUCCAAUGCUGGAAUCAGCGGCCAGGCAUUCCGACAUGGACCACAAAUCAGCAAUGUUCAUCAAUUGGAGGUUGUGACAGGAAAAGGCGAGAUCUUGAACUGUUCAGAGAGGCAGAACAGCGACCUAUUUCAUGGUGUUCUUGGUGGGUUAGGUCAGUUUGGCAUCAUAACACGGGCGAGAAUAGCAUUGGAACCAGCACCAGCCAUGGUUAAAUGGAUGAGAGUGUUGUACCUGGAUUUCUCUGCUUUUGCCAAGGACCAAGAGCGUCUGAUUUCGGCAGAUAAAAGAUUCGAUUACAUUGAAGGGUUUGUGAUAAUAAACCGGACAGGCCUCCUGAACAACUGGAGGUUAUCCUUCACCCCAGAAGACCCUUUACAAGCCAGCCAAUUCAAAUCUGAUGGGAGGACUCUGUAUUGCCUGGAAGUGGGAAAGUACUUUAAGAUGGAUGAUAACAAAGAUGUGAUGAACCAGGAAGUGAAAGAAUGGUUAUCUGAACUAAGCUACGUCUCGUCGACACUGUUUUCAACGGAGGUAACAUAUGAAGAAUUCUUGGACAGGGUACAUGUGUCUGAGAAGAAACUUCGAUCGAAAGGGCAAUGGGAAGUUCCACAUCCAUGGCUGAAUCUCCUAGUUCCAAGAAGCAGAGUGAAUGAUUUUGCAAAAGGUGUUUUCGGAAGCAUCCUAACCGACACAAGCAACGGUCCAGUCAUCGUCUACCCAGUGAACAAAUCAAAGUGGGACAAUAGAACUUCAGCAGUAACGCCGGAGGAAGAGAUAUUUUACUUGGUGGCGAUCCUGACGUCGGCGGUUCCAGGGUCGACGGGGAAGGAUGGAGUGGAGCACAUCUUAAAGCGGAACCAAAGAAUACUCGAAUUCAGCCAAGCACAAGGUUUUGGGUUGAAGCAAUAUCUGCCACAUUACACAACAAGACGAGAGUGGAGAAGCCAUUUCGGUCCCAAGUGGGAAGAUUUUGUGCGGAGAAAGUCGAGAUACGAUCCAUUGGCAAUGCUAGCGCCAGGCCAGAGGAUAUUUGAAAAGGCACAAUGGAUCUCACACUCGUCAUGACCCACCCAAAUGGAUUCAUGAAUUAGGGUUUGUCAGAAGCUUGUACAUAGCAAUGUGUAUAUCCCCCGAAUUCCAAUCAAUCACUGUAAUAAUCAAUUAGUUAUUAAGGAUCCGAGAUCUCAGCGAAGAAGAAACCAAAACAAGAGGAGGACGAACUUAUUAUAUUCUUCCUCUGUGUUGGGCUCUAACUACUGUAUGUGGACUUUUAUGCUGAGUUUCAGGCCCAAUAGACCCAAAGACGAUUUUUUUUUGACAGUUAUUAUCAGAUAUACCCACAUUUAUACGUAUGCGGUAGUACUUGGCAAAACGACAGAGACCAACUACGAAAGAUUCAGUGUAUGGUUGUUGGUACUGACUUUCGUAUGGGUUACUAAGAACGUUUGGUUGC